AGGCGGGAGCAGGGAGUCCGGGGGAGACAGCCGGGAGCAGGGAGUCCGGGAGAGACACGGUGUGAGAGGCGGGAGUCCGGUAUCAGACAGGGCAUUACCAGAGUGACAGAGUGACAGAGUGUGAGAGCCGGAGGAGUCCGAGUGUUGCCCGGGGUGUGAGACUCUGAACCCCAACACGAUGUCUGCUAAAGUCGUCAUCAGCAAGGAGGUGUUCUCCCCACAGGAUGAAAGGAUGUUGGGGGCUGUUCAAGUUAAACGAAGAACCAAGAAAAAGAUUCCCUUCUUAGCAACAGGAGGGCAAGGAGAGUACCGCACUUACAUUUGUUUAUCAGUUACAAACAAGAAGCCUCCCCAGGUUUACGUCACCAAGGUGAAACAGUUUGAAGGAUCAUCCAGUUUUGUAAGAAGGUCUCAGUGGACGCUGGAUCAAUUGAGACAGGUUAAUGGCAUCGACCCAAAUAAGGAGUCUCCAGAAUUUGAUCUGCAGUUUGACAAUGCUUCUGAUCAAUGGGUUGCAAGUUCAGGUUCGGAAAAGUUUACUUUCUUUCAAAUACUUCUCCACACAUGUCAGCGAUACCUCUCUGACCAAAAGCCUGAAUUCAUCAAUUGCCAGUCGAGACUGUUUGCAGGCAAUAGCAUUCUUCACUCUGCCGCCGACAGUGUGACCAGCGCUGUACAGAAAGCAAGCCAAGCCCUUAAUGAGCGUGGCGAGCGUCUCGGACGUGCAGAGGAAUCAACAGCAGACAUGAUGAACAGCGCCCAGCAGUUCGCAGACACGGCUCACAAGCUUGCCAUGAAACACAAGUGCUGACCAAAUCAGCGAAAAAGGUGGCUUCCACUCGUCCGGACUUUCCAAUAAAACAAAUCAGCACAAGGUUAUUUACUGAAUAUGUAUGUCUUUCUUUUAAAUGGGACUCCUCUAUUGUUCGCCUGCGUGUCUUUCUGCAUCUCCCCUGAUCUACUGGGCGAGAACUGGUUAUCAGCCAGCGUAAUGUUUCCAUCAUUUUAAAUGGAUAAGUUAGAGCUUGUGCUGGACAGAAUUCUCUUUGUACAGCUCCUUGCCCCCUCUUCAUUUUUUAGCCUCUUUUGUUCCCGGGGGAGAGGGAGGUUUAAGGGAGUGGCUGGAGGGACUGGUCUAUCUUGUGCAUUGUGAUUCCCACUAGAAGAUUCACUAAAAGUAUUUUCUUCGAAAGACUGCUCUAAUGAAUCAUUGAUAAAGUGUAACCCACUGAAAAUGGUGUUCAUGGAGUGGGCAGGUUGGAGAACUUUUCUCAAAGCAAUGUGAGUGCUGUGACUGAUGAGAGAUGACAGAUAAAUCUGCACAUCGAUGGAUGAUGAGUUUUGGUAACUGCAAGUCAUUGAACCGAGUGCUAUACUGGAUGGAGCAGCUGUUGGUGUAUAUGGAGCAUUUAGAUGAAGCAUUAGAUGGAGUUGAGAUGACUUCAGUUGGGCACAAAACUUUCAGAGAUUUUCAACUUUGUUAUUGCAAGACUGUCUUGAAAAUUGAGCUACGCGUGCCUACUUAUGGUUUGUGUUCCCGUUCCACGCACAUCAGGAAAAAAGCUUUUUGUGGUUUUUUUUUUGGGUUUUUUUCCUCCGUACUUUUACAUUUUAUUAAUGUCCUCUUUUGAAUGAACGUGUCCAUCAUACACACCUUCAUGCCAGCGUCCUUAUGAGGGCUAAGCACAUUUUUAAUGUUUCCAUGUGAUUUUAUUUUUACCAGUAUAUCGCAUAUUAAUACCCCAAGCAAUAAAAAAAAGAUGGCUUAUAAGGACAGAACACACAAAACAAGUUUGUUUCCUUAAAGAGAGAGCAACAAUAAAAAAAGUAAAAAAUACAA